AUGGCAUCAAGGAGCCUGUCGUCGAAAUCCUAUGCCUCAAAAGGCUACGCCUCAAAAGGCAUGGCCACCUCUUCGCCAUCAUCUUCCGUACCUUUCGGCCGCGCCACACAGUCUGUGUCCUCGGGAAUGAUCGUGGACGCAGAAGACACGAUGGACGGCGAUGCAACCGUUGUAACAAUCGGAGCAAAAAGAGUUGUACAAGAAUUAUUUGAAAACGAUACCAUGAUUCUACAAAUAUUAAACAAGUUUUUCACGCUCACCCCUAUCCUUAUCCAUAGCCAUAGAUACAUAGACCUUUUUAUCGUGGCUUGUAAGUCGUCGUGAUAUGUAACAAGUAGAGAGGGAAGAACUCGACCAAUGUUACAACGAAAUCAUCUUCAUAAAAAAGGUUGUCAAGCACUGUAUGGGGAACGCGAUGAGAUACGGGAAAAACGAAGACGAGGCUGAGCUCUACGUCUUGUUGAAGAAUCUUUAUACCGUGAAACACGACAAUCGAGCGUCGUUUCGAGUUCUCGGACGCCUGCGCACGGACAAGAGUACUUUUCCUUUUUUCAAAUGUUUUUUGAUUCGCUCGGUUUUUUCAUUCUAUUCAUGGACUAUGUAUCGUACUAGUAUUCUAAUAAAUCCUACUCAACGCACCGGCCAGUACCUUCUUCUGCUGAACAGUAUCUCUCUUUUUCUUAUUCAAUAUCUUGAUCUUCAGAGAACGGAGCACAGGGUCUUGAGUGGGUUGACGUUCCAAGGGAAGCACCCGGGAUGUAUCUAAAGAAAUCCGAUGAAGAGAUUCCAGCUUUGCUAGCUCGGUUAUCAGGUGAACAAAACGUCCGAAGGGAAUUCGAAAAGGAGGUAAGAAUUGGUUUUUUUUGUCUGCUGUAGCAGUAAAUUAAUUGAUACAUGCAGUAGUAAAUAAGUGCUCCUCCUUGGCUUGGGUUGGCCAUAAUUUUCACCUCCUGCCCUCCGUACUUACUCUGCAGCGACCCGCUUUGUCCACUCUUUAUAGUGCCUUCGCCUUGCAUCUCUUUUAACACCACUACUCCUUCUCAUACUAAUCCUGCAGUUCCUCUUGUAAAGCAAAGUCAUGCUCAAAUUGUCAAAAAAGUAGGCAUAACCACUAAAAAUAUCUCGUCAGCAGUUGCGACGCGUUCAUCCUGUGCAGUAUCGUAAAUUUCGGCAUAGACGCGGAAUGACUGCCGUCGACGAUAUAAUGGACGACUUAGAUUAAGGCUUCCCGUGAUCCAUCUUCGGAAGCAUCUUGGAGACGUCUACUUCAAGGGGGGACCGGAUUCAGGAUGGUCCCCAGGAUGGGUAACUAAGGGUGAGCGCUAAUUAGAGUUAUCCGAAACCGCUGGCUCCAUCACGGGCUCGAUCGCCUCGAUGACCAGCAUGCUUCCGAAUCUCGCUUCCUUAAAUUAUGGCAACGACUCGUACUUGUAGUUGUCGGUUUCAUCAAACAAAUUGUAGAUGAUGUAAGAGUGAGCAUCCAUCCAUGUAACUCCAAGGAGGACCGCUCGACGCAAUUUUGCUUGCUCAGUGUGUUGGGAAGGGGUACUAAUACUAUAAGGUCUUCAUCCUGGUCUUCUAAUGACUAGGCGAACUGCGGAAUCUUUUAGAGGACAACACGGAGAUGCAGAUUAUUUUCUUGAAAGGACGCGAAGUUUUCGCUCCGGGUUUGCAUGACGACAAAGUCGAGAUCCCAGAAGAGGAGGCGGACACAUCGUCUCCCGCAAAGCCACCAGGCACAGCACCUGCGAGAAGUAAAGCAAGGAAAUUCUUGCCACUUUUAUGGACGUCAAAGAUAUCAAACCUCGGUGAUCGUCCUUCGUUCCUCGGAUCCUAAGCACUUCUUUCUUCCUGGUCACGACGAAUUAUCACAUUGGUGGAGACAGCAGUCUCAUGUCCAACAAUGCAACUCUACUAGCUUUCGGCGUCUAAUUUUCAAGCACGAGAUCACAGAGGAACGCCUUAUCCGACAGUGGGCGCAGUCAGUACUACAGCACCCAAUCGUGAAGAAGAAUCCUAGCGAGAACAAGCGCAUAGUGCAAAAAUUUAUGAAAUUGCGGAUGCAUGUUGGCUACCGGUUUGAAGACAUCAGCACAGAGGCGGCAUUUGAGGCUAUUUUGCGGCAGGUCUUUCCGGUUCAGUCGAACGCUGAUAACGAUGCGCAGUGGGCUUUGGUAUUACCUACAACCUGCUCUAAAAGUAUGUUGCAUUUGCAAUUUGUUCUUGCAGCUUGUUGUUUUAACUUAGACAUUUCGGUGAGUAAAUGUCGAAGGUGAUAAAAUUUUGCGAAUGAUUAAAUUUGCUUUUUGCCGUAAUCAAGAGCCGCAACCACUCACUGCCAAAAAUUGAUAAUCCUCUCUAGGUGGCUCAGGAAGGCGAGGAGCCAAACGCACCCUUGUGGAAAAAGAAAGUGGCGUUUGCGCUUAAACAAAAGGCAGAGCAGGCUAAAUUGGCUAAAAAGAAUUUGAGUUCCACUGAGGAUGUCGAGAAUGGACCACCAUCAAAAAAGCAAAAGACGACAGGAAAAGGCAAAAAGUGAGGAGUAUAAUCAACGCAGCAUCGGCAGGUGCACGGUUCCUUCUAGGAUGCGACCCAAAUGUGUCUUUUUGAGAAUACAGUAACUAGCCUCCACAAGCUUCGCCCGGCUUCAAGUUAGUUAAGCACUUUUCUGCAGCCUCCCACGGGCUACAGCCGCUAGAGUAGAGACAGCCCGCGGGUGAGCUGUUGCACCCUACGAAUUAACUACGACAAGAGCCGAGCGCCGACGGUGGCCGACUCAGGUCGAUGCGUCGACUCAUGUGCAGGGCAUUGCGCUGCCUUCGGUUUUUUUAUGAGAUUGCCGGGGGGGUCAUGCAAAUUCUUAAGAAUUUGCAAGACCCCCACGGCAGUCCAACGAAAAAACCAGAAGAGGGCCACCAGACACGCACAAGAAUCCGCAAGCCCCAACGCACGCAAACGCCUCGCGGUGGCGCCAGGCAAGAACGGGCGGCGGCUUUAGCGGGCCAAACAAGACAAAGCAUAAGCAACGCAGGGCCGCGCUGCUCGGGUCUCUCUACGCGCUUACACCUGGCGGGGCUUCUUUGUUUCGUCAGAUGUCUCUCGUCAGAAACAGACGGGCGCACUUCGCGGGGGCGUGGGGCGUCGCGCUUCGGGUUGUGGCUGAAGCCUCUUGACUGGCUGACGUCUUUCGCCAGGAUGGAGACUGAGGCCUUCCAUCAGACUGAUGCCGUUCGUCAGACCAACGCGCUGCGCCAGGCUGGCGGCCUUCGUCGGACGACAGGCCGGCGCCCUUCGGCGGACGUCGUGGGCCAGGCUGAGGCCCUUCGUCAGGGUCGGGCGACGUCUCUCGUCAGGCUGACGCUUUUCGUCAGACUGAAGCGCCUCGCUUUGCUGACAUUCCUCGCCGGGCCAAGACUCACGCCUUUGGUCAGGUUGAUGGCUUGCUUCAGCAUGGCGCCGCUGGUUCGUCAGGCUGAUGCACUGACCAGCCAGGUGACGCCCCUCGCCAGACCGGCGCACUGCUUCGCCAGGCGUCUGCCUUGCGUCGGAAGCGGAACAAGCUGCGUGGGGCCUUUCUUCGGGCUGCGGAUGUCUUUCCUUCGUGAGAUUGAUUCUGCCCCUUCGUCGGACUGACGUUUUUCGCCAGACUGACCGCGUUCGUCGGACUGGCGUCCUUCGUCAAAGGUCUUCGCUAUCUUCGUCGAGGUAGGGCUUCUCGCCACAGGUCGGGCGGCAGUUUUUCUGGCAGAGGUCGUUCGUCAGAUGUCUGCCGUCGCGGGUCUCUUGUCUUGUCGGAGGUCUUUGGUCCAGCGGUCGCCCAAAGGUCGCCGUUGGUCCAACGGUCGCCUUUGGUCCAAGGGUCGCCUUUUGUCCAAAGGUCGUCGCACUUUGGUCCAGCGGUCGUCUUACUUUGGUCCAAAGGUCGCCUUACUUUGCUCCAGCGGUCGCCUUACUUUGGUCCAGCGGUCGGCUUACUUUGGGCCAGAGGUCGCCUUAAAAGGUCGCCUGUGGAGUGGUCUGCAGGUCGUCUGUGGUCCAGCGGUUGCCUCUGGUCUGAGGGUCGUCUUUGGUCCAAAGGUCGGCUUUGGUCCAGAGGUCUGCCGUGGUCCAAAGGUCGUCUGUGGUCCAAAGGUCGUCUUUGGUCCAAAGGUCGCCCUUGGUCCACAGGUCGUGUCUGGUCCAAAAAACGCCUCUGGUCCAAAGAUCGUCUUUGGUCCACAGGUCGCCUUUGGUCCACAGGUCGUCUCUGGUCCAAGGAUCGCCUUCGGUCCAAAGAUCGUCUUACUUUGGUCCAAAGGUCGCCUUAUUUUGGUCCAAAUGUCGCCUCACUUUGGUCCAGAGGUCGCCUUACUUUGGUCCAGAGGUCGCCUACUUUGGUCCAGAGGUCGCCUUACUUUGGUCCAGAGGUCGCCUUACUUUGGUCCAGAGGUCGCUCUACUUGUCGUCGUACUUUGGUCCAAAGGUCGCCUUACUUUGGUCCAAAGGUCGCCUUACUUUGGUCCAGCGGUCGUCUGGUGUGGUCCAAAGGUCGCCUGUGGUCCAAAGGUCGCCGGUGGAUGUGGUCCAAAGGUUAAGGUCGCCGGUGGUCCAAAGGUUGCCUUUGGUCCAAAGGUCGCCAUGGGUCCAGCAAUAGCAAAGGUCGUCUUGGGUCCAAAGGUCGUCUUGGGUCCAGGGGUCGUCUGGUCCAAAGGUCGCCUUUGGUCCAGAGAUCGCCGCUGGUCCAACGAUCGUCUUUGGUCCCAAGAUCGUCUCUGGUAGCUAGGUCCAACGAUCGCCUUUGGUUCAAAGAUCGGACCAAAGAUCGCCUUCAGUCUGAAGGUCGCCUUCGGUCCAAAGAUCGCCAUAGGUCCAUAGGUCUGGGGUCCAGGUGUCUUUGGUCGAAGGUCUUUCUUCGGCUGUUUCUCUUGGGACUUCUCUCGCCAGCUUGCGCCCCUACCCCCGUCGGGCAUUUUUCUGGCUUCUUUUCUGGUAGUCUGCCACGGGGCCGAAAGGUGAACUCCAACAAGAAAACGGCCGGAGACUAUCGGGCUUAGGAGUGAGGGGAAAGGGCAGGAGGCUAUGGGCAAUACCUUCGCGGCAGGAGGCGACUAAUCUCCGGUGGGUUAGGCGGGGAGUUUUAUGGCGGCGUAGAUUAAUAAUAUAGAUUAAUAAUAUAGAUUAAUAAUAUAGAUUAAUAAUAUAGAUUAAUAAUAUAGAUUAAUAAUAUAGAUUAAUAAUAUAGAUUUCUUUUUUGUUAUGUUUUUUAUCUAUCAACUUAUAAGAAUUAUUAGCACGAUGCAGAGAUUGUGAGUUAUUCUAACAGACCACGGUUGAUAUCGAUUUAUCGAAGUUGUGAGUAUUCCUUCUCAUUGGUUGAUAUAUUCCUAGCAAGAGAGCUGAUCGGAUGAAAUACAAUAGAGCCCCAACUUCUCUCUUUUAUGUCUUAUUUGAACAGCAUCGAUCCCUUUUUCUAGCAUUCUAGAUUUCAAUUUCUUAUUUCACUUUCGAAAGUUGUUGCCUAAGCCAUGUCGAAGAGGAAGGUUGAUGAAAACCAAAACAUAUCCAGAGAUAGACUACCGUUAUAGAUGUUGUUGGAUUGAUUGAAGAUCAGGUGAUCGUGGGGCUUACGCUAACUCCUCUGGUAAGAUCUGGUCCGCCGGGGAUGAGGGAAACGGGACCCGCCUAUAUCGUGGUAAUAUAAUGCUAGUACGAACAUCUUUUUGCGAUGCGCUGUGGAUUUUCCAUGCGUGACAAAAUGGUCGAAGUAUGACACGGUUAUGCUGGGCUCACUUCGUUACUCAGUGUGUUCAUCCGACAAGCCUAUGACGACCACUGCCCCUGUCUCAGACGUUAGCCUUUUUUUUAUGUCUAAUGACUGCUACCGAAGCAAUUGCAGUAGCUACUUCAGAACUAGCAAGAGACUUCCACCGCAGAGGACAACUCCGGACAACAGACUAGCCCUUGCAUCCGACUGGGCAUCAAUCAAUCAGUCAAUCAGUUUGCCUCCGCAGGGCACCUUUUUUUUUUUGUAGUCCGAGAACGCCGAAAGGGUGAUCCCAGUGUUGUCCGGUGUACCUGCCGGCGACGGGUGGAGUGCACCGGCCUCCCCUAGUUUCCCUCCGCGGGGCAUCCUCUACAAUUCAUGUAUCUACAUGUAGUUGUAGAAGGAACUAGUAUAAAUGAACAAGCAAGCUUCAACAUGCUUUUCGCAUGAGUUCAACAGCAUUUUGUCCCCCCGCCUGUACAGUAAAGUUUGCUUUACACAUUUUUGAUAGUAGUUGCUUGCAUAUUUGUUUUGAUUUUGUUCAGAGUUUGACUUCGAUCAACAUGAAAACACUCAUAUUAAUAAUGUAGUAAAUCUGUGUAUGUGUUUUGAAUUUGGACAGAUGAUAUUCUGACUUUGAAUAAGUUCUACGACUUUCUCUAUAAUUCUCCUGACACCGAUAUCUACAGACUCGGUAGAAAUGAACCUUCAUUCUUCUUUUUGAUUGAACGCGCACAAUGACCUACGCUAUUAUGCCACUACCAACCGUUUCCGUUAACAUCAUCCUUAGAUUUCCCACGAAACCUAUGAUAUUGGCUCGAUCGGUGACUGAGGCAUUUUCCCCUGUCUCAGCUUCUUCUCAUACUUCUUACAAGAUGUCAAAUAA